AUGGACUCCGACGCGAGGGCCAGGGCCAACGUGCCCCGCCAGGGACCGAAGCAGAGCACCAACGGCAUGGACUCGUACCACCGCUACGUCGCCGAGUCGAACAUGGUGCGAGAAGACGAUGUCGUCGAGAGGCCGUAUACCGGCCGGUCGUUCAGCACACCACGCCCUUCGAUGCUGGACGCCUCUUCCUCCUCCGGCAGCAGCAGCAACGGUGAUUGUGAUGGAGAUAUUGGGACGACGACGUUGGCGGUGCCAGAGAUUAUGAUCACGAGCCCGAGUAAACCGUCGACGCCGGGACCGAGGUACUCCUUGACGCCGCGGCAGUCGAAUUUUGCACCAGUCGCGAGGUUAGCUGUUCCUACGAUGCGGCCUAUUCCGCAGGGACAACCACUGCCGUCAAUACAUUCACUACAACCGUCACAACCGAUCCGACAGAUGCUGCAGCCUACAAUACGCAUACCACCGCAGAGCUCCGACUCUGAUGAUUUGAAGAAGCGAGAUGGCCUGAUGGACGUAUCGUUACCAUACCGACCUUUCUACCUGCAACGAAGGGUAUUGAGCUCGUUUGCGAUUCUGUUCGCGGGGUUGUUGAUUACGGUAGAAGCUGUGCUGGAUCUAUCGAACAAAAGAGGCGGUCUUGGGUCGCCGGACCACGGGUUCAGGUAUUUGUGGCAGUACGGCUCGGCAUUCAUAUUCACGUGUAUCGCGGCGCUGUGGGCGAGACCGGAGCACCAAGCAAAAGCGAACGCCCCGUGGAUUCGCAUGUCGAAGGGACCGGCGAGCGUCGACCGGACUUUAAUGCUGGAUUACGUCUUCAUGUUCGAACCUUGGGCCAUCGCUAAAGCGACGAAGAAUCGGGAUUGGUUGGUGGCGGCUGCUGCAUCUAUCGGCCUCACGUUGAAGCUCAUCAUCGUCAUUGCCGUGGCGCUUGUCAGCCCGACGUUCCAGAUCGUCACGGCGCGAGGUGUGAGUCUCAACUUGCAGAAUGCGUUCGUAAACGACCCCUCUGGACUUCGAUCGGCGGGUGCUCUGCCCUUCUUCACCAUGGUCGGACUGCAGACUAAAGGGCUCAACUUUCCGGACGGCACCUCGAAGGAGUUUGCGUUCCAGUCUUUUUCGUCGGAUAUUCCUUCAACGGCUGAGCUGCGGGCAGACGUGGAAGGUUUCCAGUCGGAUAUUGAGUGCGAGCCGGCGCAGCUGAACCUCACCGGCAUUCAGUUCAUCCAGGCCUCCGAUACACAACUCAAUGUCACCGUGUCGACUCCGACGUGUUUCAUGACGCAAGAGAUCCCGAACAUGGCCCUCGUCGGGUUUACUCUCCCGACCUUCUUCACCGCUUUCCAAGCGGGCUCGUGUGGGAACUCGCAGUCCCCGGAUGAUGGGAGGGUGGUGGUGAUGUCGGGCGCCAUAACCAUCGACAGCUCGUCGCUUCCGGUCACCAGCGAUACCUUCAACGUCCCGAUCUCGGGUAGGGUGACUCGCUCUGCUGCGCUGAUAUGCCGCCCGACGUACAACCUGACGACUGUCCACGUCAAGAAGAACAACACGCAACUCAUCGAUAUCGACCGACCCCGCUCUGCGAAGAACCGCACUUUGAGUUUGGUCCAGCCCAUGGACAUUGUGCAAGGCCAUUUCGCAUCGUAUCCAACCGACUCUCAGAUCCUCGGAGCCAUGCCCAACGUGAACAGUCGGUACCCUGGCAUCGCGGUCGUUGCCUCCGACGCGAUCAUGAACUCGGCGGUUGCGAUGGAAGUCAAGGACAACGGAAUCCCACCGAUUGACAACUUGCUGCGAACGGACAAUCUCACCAGCAUAGUGACAAACUACUGGCGCCAGUACACCGCCCUCGUCGCGAGGAACUCGUUGAUGGCCGAGACGGUCCCGCAGCAGAAGACCACCGGCACCGCAGUCAUCAUCGGAGAACGCCUCAACGUCCGGCCCAUCCCGGCGCACCUGCUGUCCGGCCUCCUCGGUUUCGCUUUGGUCCUCACCCUCGUCGCCGUCGCUUUCGCCCCGAGAACAGGCUUCCUCCCGCGCCACCCGAACACCAUCAUCAACAUGGCGACACUCCUUGCCCAUAGCAGGUCGCUUUUACAAUGCCUGCGUGGGACGGGUGCUGCGCACGUGUCGACUGUCCGCGAGAGGUUGCUUGGCACGAGUUAUUACACCGGUGUGGAACCGUACGAGAAGGCGGCCAAGGGUGCGGGAUACUUCAAGAUCUUCGGAGGCAACCCGCCGCCGCAGGAUACGCCCCCUCAGUUUGUCAAGACGUCCAACUGGGGCCAUCCACUCCCGCUGCAUCCAGCGGCUCGGUUAGCCGCUGUUUUCAUCAUGGCGGCUAUGAUCAUCUCUCUGGAGGUCGUGCUGCGGCUCUCCGAGGCACACCAGGGAAUCACGACCGUCACAGCGAAUACGGAUCGCCACUUCCUUUGGACAACUGGCCCAGGCGUGUUGUUUGGCAUUGUAGCGCUGUACCUUGCCUCCGCGGACUGUGCCACGCGAUGCCUUGCGCCCUAUACCAAGCUGAGGCAGGGUGGCUCGUUCGAGACGACUGUCGGGUUGGACUUCAUGGAUAAGUCGAAGCCGAGGAUUGUGUAUGAUGCCGCGAAGACGAAGAACAUUGCGGUUAUCGUUACGACGAUCUCGGUCUUUGUUGCUUCGCUUCUCGCUACGUUCUCAGGGGCGCUAUACACCACUGUCCCGAUCCCAUCUACUCGACCGGUUACCUUGCAACUUGUCGACCAGUUCAUCAACGCUUCCGCGCCGUGUCCGACAUGUACCACGGACACCCUCCUAGCAUCACUUAUCCUCGACGCGAACCUGACGUUCCCGUCCUUCACAUUCGAAGACCUCAACUUCAAAGGCGUGCAGCUUACCACCCCACUAUCGAUGCAGGAUGGCGCGAGUACCAUCCUCGUCAACCUCCCCGCCCUGCGGUCCCGUCUCGACUGCAGACUGUACCCGCAGUCGGAGAUCAACACCAACUUCACGAUCCCGGAUCUUCCUACCCAGCAGUUCGUAAAGGACCAGGGAAUGCGCAUCGACAUCGCAGGAGAACCAUGCCUGGACCCCUCCAUCCGCUCCAACGCGGUCCUCCCGCCGGGUGUAUCCCCCUCAUCCGUCUUCGGCGUCGCCACACCGCGGUCUGCGACUUCGAGCCAAUGUUCCGACUUCACCUACGUCUGGGGCCAGCUGGCCGACACCACGCCCUCGCAAGUGGGAUACAUCUCCGCGAUGGGCUGCAACGAGACCCUGGAGACGGUCAUGGCCACGGUCCGCCUCACGGGUUCCUCGCUGCACAUCGACCCGACCUACCCCCCUCGCGUCCAGGAACUCACCGCGCGGCCCACAAAACUGACCCUCCUGCCGCUGCAGUACGGCCUGAUGGCGAACCUGACGACCGGGAACCAACUCGACCCCUUCUUCUCCUCCCUCGUCACCUCCCGCUUCGCCAUCCCCGCCGGAAACCUCGGCGACCCGGGCCUCACCAAGAGCGGCCGCGUAGCCGACGCCAUCGUCCGCCAACACGGCAUUGUCCGCGCCCAAAACCUCAACGUCAACUCGCGCAGACGCCUGCCCGACCUCACCGCCCAGGAAGUCAUCCCCGGCAUGCUCGAGGACACGACCGUCACGAGCCUCCGGCGCCUCGUGCAGGACGACGCCUCCACCCGCAUCAUCCAGUCCAUCCUCGCCCUCCUCCUCCUCCUCACCCUCUUCGCCUGGCUCCUCACGCCGGGAACCGACACGAUCCUCCCGCGCAACCCGUGCAGCAUCGCCUCCGUCGCGGCGCUCCUCGUCGACGGCAACGUCUUCGGCUUCCUCGGCCGCGGCGCCGAGUGGAUGCCCACCGAGGAGGUCGAGCGGAGCUUCCUCGACGGCAGCCGCGCGAUGGGGUUCAAGAUGAGCUGGGAGCGCGUGAGGCAGCGGAGGGUGGAUAUCGUGGCGGCGGAGCGCGAGCAGGAGACGGCGUUCGGGAUCAGUGUGAAGAGGGCGGGCGGCUGGGGCGGUGGCGAGGACGUCGGGUUGGGGAUUCUGGCAAGGGUGAAUCGGGCGCAGAGGGGGUUCGUGAGGGGUUGGGGACGGAUGUCUACGUGA